AUGGAGGAAGAUGAUGAUGGGUCGGAUCGAAACAGCAGCAGUAGUAGCACGUCGAAUGGCUUGAAUACGACGUUUAUAAUAACAGGUUCUGGCGAUCUGCCUUCCAUGGAUUGUGACGUAGAGGAAGACGAGGAGGAGAGAAGGAAGAAAGAACUUAUGGCUAACUUGGCGCUUAAUGUCGGCACUCAGGCGAUUGUGCCACAAGAGCUGCUGGAUAAUUUUUUGCGUAUGGUCGCCCCAUUUGAGGGGAAAGGAAAUGACAUACAUCGCUAUUGUGCGCAUAAUUUCCCGGCAGUUGCAUUCACACUUGGUCGCAAAAAUUGGCACUGUAUCAUGGGCACUUAUAAACAGCUAGCUUGUGAUAGUCAGGUACCAAAAUUCAAGCUUAUUGCUUCAUUUUUCUUUUUUUUUUCUAUAUGCUGUGACACUUUGAUCAAUAUAAUUCGUUCAUCGUAGUA